AUGGAGGUCAGGUACAACCAAGAGACGGACGGGAUGGUGCUGAAGAAUGGACUAAAGGAGGGGAAGGACGGCAAAGACUCCCAGGGCAGCCUGUCCAAGACCUUCCUUAAGGAGCAGCAAGACUCGUUUUCCCCGUCUGGGACUGUCGACAACUGUGAGAAGAACAGGGGGAGCACAGGGGACCCAGACUACUGUCGGAGAAUACUGGUCCGAGAUGCUAAAGGUUCUAUUCGAGAGAUCAUCCUGCCAAAGGGCUUGGAUUUGGACCGGCCCAAACGAACCAGGACCUCCUUCACGGCAGAGCAGCUCUACCGGCUGGAAAUGGAGUUCCAGAGGUGCCAGUACGUUGUUGGGAGGGAGCGAACAGAAUUGGCCCGCCAGCUCAAUCUCUCUGAAACUCAGGUAAAAGUUUGGUUCCAGAAUCGUCGCACUAAGCAGAAGAAGGACCAGGGCAAGGACUCUGAGCUGCGUUCGGUUGUUUCAGAAACAGCGGCGACUUGCAGUGUCCUGAGACUGCUGGAGCAGGGCCGGUUGCUGACGCCGCCAGGCCUGCCGGGCCUCCUGCCCCACUGCGGCAGCGGCACAUUGGGUUCGACCCUGCGUCCUCCCUCGAUGGCCAUGCCCAGCAACGGCGGCGGCAGCAGCAACAGCGGUGGCGCCGGCACCGGGACGGCAGCUGGCAGCCCUCCUCUACCCACGGUCACCAGCUCAGGGACAGUGGCGGGCCUUCAGAGCUCGCCAGCAGCCCACGGCCUUUUCAGCUUCCCCAUGCCCUCUCUGCUCAGCGGCGUCACCACCCGCAUCUCCUCUAACCCGCUGUCCAUGGCCGGCUCGCUGGCCGGCAACCUGCAGGAACUUUCAGCCCGCUACCUGAGCUCCUCUGCUUUUGAACCUUACUCGCGGACCAAUGGCAAAGAGUCAAUGGACAAGAAAGUUCUGGAAUGA